AUGAAUACAACAACUAUUUCUGGCCGAUUUUACUCCACAUUGUGGUGCCUGGGACAAUGCUUUCUUCCAGACCGGCAGCAAUUGCUCGCUGCAUUGAGCAUUCAACUAGGCCUUGAACCGCUCUUAGAAGUUGCUAACCGUGAGAUGAUGCGUUGGCGCGACAGAUGGAGUGACUUGGAUAUUCCUGAGACAUGGAAUGCCAGUUGUAUAGGUCUAUUGCUUGAUGCUGAUGAUGCGUAUCGGAAGAGAGAGGGCGAAGAGCAAGGAACACAAGUGAGCAUCAACCCGCACUGCGAAGACGAACCUCCUGCAAAACGUGUUUGCCUAGAAAAUCUAUCAGUAACAUUUCCUUUGUAG